CCGCGGCCCCUGCGAAGGAAGAGCCGGGAGAUGACGGGGAAAUCGGGGGAAGCGCUGAGCAAGCCCAAAUGCGAGACGGUGGCCAAGAGCUCCCCGGGGAGCGCCCCGGCCCGGUGCACGGGCUUCGGCAUCCAGGAGAUCCUGGGCCUGAACAAGGAGCCCCCCAGCUCCCACCCGCGCGCCGCCCUCGACGGCCUGGCCUCGGGGCACCUGCUGGCGGCGCGCUCAGUGCUCAGCCCCGCGGGGGUGGGCGGCAUGGGGCUGCUGGGGCCCGGGGGGCUCCCCGGCUUCUACGCGCAGCCCACCUUCCUGGAGGUGCUGUCCGACCCGCAGAGCGUCCACCUGCAGCCGCUGGGCAGGGCGUCGGGGCCUCUGGACGCCAGCCAGACGGCCAGCUCAGACUCUGAGGAUGUGUCCUCCAGCGACCGCAAGCUGUCCAAGGCGGCCCUGGCGCAGACCAAGAAGCGCAAGAAGCGGCGGCACAGGACGAUCUUCACCUCCUACCAGCUAGAGGAGCUGGAGAAGGCGUUCAACGAGGCCCACUACCCAGACGUCUAUGCCCGGGAGAUGCUGGCCAUGAAGACGGAGCUGCCGGAAGACAGGAUACAGGUCUGGUUCCAGAACCGCAGAGCCAAGUGGAGGAAGCGGGAGAAGUGCUGGGGCCGGAGCAGCGUCAUGGCGGAGUACGGGCUGUACGGGGCCAUGGUGCGGCACUCCAUCCCGCUGCCCGAGUCCAUCCUCAAGUCCGCCAAGGACGGCAUCAUGGACUCCUGCGCCCCGUGGCUGCUCGGGAUGCACAAAAAGUCGCUGGAGGCGGCGGCCGAGUCGGGGAGGAAGCCCGAGGUGGAGCGCCAGGCCCUGCCCAAGCUGGAUCAGAUGGAGCAGGAGGAGCGGGGCCCCGGCGGCCCCUCGGCCCUGUCCCAGGAGGAACUGAGGGAGAACAGCAUCGCGGCGCUCCGGGCCAGGGCGCAGGAGCACAGCACCAAGGUGCUGGGGACCGUGUCCGGGCCCAGCCGCCUGGCCCCGGACGCCGAGGAGCCCGAGGAGGAGGCGGCCGCGGACGAGGACAGGCCGGGGGAGACGCCGAGUCCUCGGCAGCUGGAGGACGUGGCUUAGGUCAAAGGUCAAGGGCGCGCUGCCACCGGAGCCCAGGACUCUGCUCUCCUCAGGCCCGUGGUGCCAGGAGGCGUUCUCGAGGCUGGGCUCAGCCUGGCUUUUGCCACCCUCUCCCUGCCCCAUAGACCCUCCGUGACACAGCUCCGUUCCUGCCAAGGCUUUGGACCACGCUGGUGUCCCCUUCCUAGUCUUGACCUUGUCAGCCUCCUCCUCAGCCCAACAGCCCUGCCUCAGGAAUCCUUCUGCUGCCCACACCGCCCC